AUGUCCGUCUGGAACCCAGAUAAUAUCCGCGACGUGGCCGAGUCCGCCGGGAUCUCGAACCUCAACAACGACGUAACCGAGAACCUCGCCCGGGACGUGGAAUACCGCAUCGCCCAGGUCCUGGAGGAGGCGCUUAAGUUCAUGCGCCAUAGUCGUCGCACCCUCCUCACGACGCAGGAUGUGGCGCAGGCUCUGCGCGUCCUGGACGUCGAGCCCCUGUAUGGUUACGAAUCUACCCGGCCGCUGCGCUUCGGGGAGGCUUCUUUGGGGCCUGGACAGCCGCUGUUUUACGUGGAGGAUGAGGAGGUCGAUUUUGAGAAGUUGAUUAAUGCGCCGUUGCCGAGGGUGCCGAGGGAGAUUUCUUUUACUG